UUGGUGGCUCCGCUGUUGCACCGGCUCCUCUCUUGUCCUCUACUGCACGAGCUAGUUGUUUUAAUCUAUAAAUCAGCCUACAUGUUGUCUUCCUGCUGGUCCUGUGACGUGGGGAUCAGAAGAGCACAUUGUGCAAUCUUUACGCACGGCUAAUACGAGAGAUGCGAACUCCAGACUCACUUCAUUGAUGGUCGUGAGCUUCCAUCAUAGGCCCUGCGCUCUUAAUACCGACGCUAGUUCCUCUUAUGAAAAUGGUCCGGUGAAACGUAGUGUCGGAUCACGGAGGGUUUCUCAGCAGCGAUAAGGUCAAGACCUGUGUUGUGAAAAAUGAAGAUUUGGAGCACGGAACAUGUUUUCAGUUACCCAUGGGAGACGGUGAUCAAGGCUGCCAUGAGGAAGUACCCGAACCCCAUGAACCCUAACGUGGUCGGGGUGGACGUGCUGGAGCGCAGGGUUGAUACAGAGGGGCGCCUGCACAGCCACAGGCUCCUCAGCACGGAGUGGGGCCUCCCGGGCAUUGUACGAGCGAUAUUGGGAACCAACUACACGCAGACGUAUGUGAAGGAACACUCCAUAGUGGACCCAGAGGAGAAAAAGAUGGAGCUGUGCUCAACAAAUAUCACUCUCACCAACCUGAUUUCAGUGGACGAGAGGCUUCUUUACAGACCACACCCAGACAACCCAGAGGUUACCAUCCUGACCCAGGAGGCCAUCAUCACAGUCAAGGGAGUGAGUCUAAGCAGUUACCUGGAGGGGAUGAUGGCGAGGAGAAUGUCGGCUAACGCCAGUAAGGUAACACUUCUUUUAUCCUUUGCAUGUACUCUGAAGUUACAAAAGUAUUGCAGAGUAUUUCUUUGCAUGCCUUCUAACUGGGACUCUGCUGUCUCUGCAGUUUCAUUGCGUGCUUCCUGGAACCCACAGGCAGAAGUUGCUAUUCCCAGCGGUGUUCACCUGUUUCAGUGUUUGGCCUUUGAAUUCUCUUUAACCUUCUGUUUCUCCGUGUGGACCUGUAGGGUUGGGAUGCUAUUGAGUGGAUUAUUCAGAACUCUGAAAGAGAGAACGUACCUCUCUGUGACAUUUACUAACUCUGGUAACUCUUCUCUCCUUGCUUUUCUUCACAACCUUCAGUCUUACCAGACUACUAUAAGCACGCCACUCAUUUUGUUUUCUCUCGAAACAGCAAAAAAAUCUUAUAUUUGUGUAUGCAUGCGUCACAUAUUGCUCAGCGCUCAUUUGUUUGCAUACGCAGGACUGCAGCUCUACAGCGACGCCUACUUUACGCGCUUCACACCUCAUAAACCUCCGGGGGUUCUCAGCACCUCGGGAUCCUCUGCAGUUGGUACUUACAUCACCAUGCACUGAAAGCUAAGACUGACGGGGUAAUGCUGCCAAAGCUGAAAUGGUUACAGAGCUGGAUUGAAGGGUUGUGGGUCCCAAGUCCGGUAGGUGUUGCUUAAUGCUAACUCAGCAAACGACUGUUCUCAUCGAGGCAAGCGGGGCCAACUGGAAACUUUUCCUUCCAGCUCCACCGCUGAAUACAUUGAAGGUUUGACAUUCAAGGUGGCAUCUGUCAACACCAUGAGCCUACCAGACUUUACUGGUUUGAAUAUAGCAUCACUACCACACAUUUCCUUUGCUCUCAUAUCAUAUCUCCGCAUACCGUGGAGGAGAUGUGGAAGACGGAUGCAGCACGUAUAUGUACACAUUUUUAAGGAAACAGUAUGAUACAAUGACAAUAUGCAAAAAAAAC